GCAGUGGGGAGAGCCCUGUGAUUUUCUAUAUAACCAACUGCUCCAUUCAGAGAAACCUCAGCAAAUCACAAGAGGGAAGAAACAUUCUCCUGAAUACAAGCACACUCACAGAGGCAAACUCCGGGAUCUAAAACACUGUAGUUCUCCUGGGACCUGCAGAACAUGCUCAGCUGCCUGCUCAGACGGAAGAAGCCAUAAGAGGGAAAGAAAUUGAUCCCAGGAGCAUCAAAAGUUCAUAGCCAUGAAGAAGAUCAAAUCAAGACCCAAGCAGAGACGUACCAUGAGCCUUGCAAGGAGUUCUGCACCAGGAAUCUGCUGGGCUUUGCCAUUUCAGUCUUCUUCGGUGAAAAUCCCAGCUCCUGCAGCUCUAGCCAUUUCUCUGACUUGCCUCUUCUCAGGGGCAUGUGGCCAGACUCCAAGGGCUUUCCAGGAGAGCACCAUUCCCUUUGAGGUGCUUAGCCAGGAGCAGGCUUACAGUCUUGUCCAGCCAAGCCUGUUCCAAGAUGUCAAAUUCUCAAACCACUCAGAGAGCCUCCCCAGGAGCACCGAGACCGAGCCACCCCUGCUGCCUGUGUGCGUGAAGCCUGCAGAUAUCAGACACAUCUUCAAGUAUAUCAACACUAUUGUGUCCUGCACCAUCUUCAUAGUAGGGAUCAUUGGGAAUUCCACGCUCCUGAGGAUCAUUUACAAGAACAAGUGCAUGAGGAAUGGGCCGAAUGUCCUCAUUGCUAGCUUGGCCCUCGGGGACCUUCUCUACAUCCUCAUCGCUCUGCCCAUCAAUGUGUAUAAGCUCUUGGCAAAAGACUGGCCCUUUGGUGUGCAGGUGUGCAAGCUGGUCCCCUUCAUCCAGAAGGCCUCAGUGGGCAUCACAGUUCUCAGUCUUUGUGCUCUCAGCAUCGACAGGUACCGAGCGGUGGCUUCCUGGAGUCGGAUCCAGGGGAUAGGAAUCCCCAUGUGGAAGGCAGUCGAGGUGACGCUCAUCUGGGUAGUGGCCAUUGUGCUUGCAGUCCCCGAAGCUAUAGCCUUCGACAUGGUGGAGCUCAACUACUGGGACCGAGACCUGUGGGUGUGCAUGCUCUCCUCCGAACAGAAAUCCAGCUUCAUGAUGUUCUAUCAUGACGUGAAGGACUGGUGGCUUUUCGGGUUCUACUUCUGCCUCCCCUUGGUAUGCACUGGCAUCUUCUACACCCUCAUGUCUUGCGAGAUGUUGAGCAAGAGAAAUGGAAUGAGAAUUGCUCUGAAUGACCACAUGAAACGGCGCCGGGAGGUGGCCAAGACGGUGUUCUGCCUAGUGGUGAUCUUCGCACUCUGCUGGCUGCCGCUCCACCUCAGCCGCAUCCUGAAAAAGACCAUCUAUGACCAGACGGACCCCAACAGAUGUGAACUGCUCAGUUUCCUCCUGGUGAUGGAUUACUUUGGGAUCAACAUGGCCUCCCUGAAUUCCUGCAUCAACCCUGUGGCUCUAUACUUUGUCAGCCGGAAAUUCAAGAACUGCUUCCAGUCUUGUCUGUGCUGCUGGUGCCAGAGACCAGCUCUGAGCAUCACGCCAACAGAUGAGAAGGGCUCUGUUGGGAAGUGGAAAACCAAUGGGCAGGAGCUUGGUCUGGACCGGAGCAGCUCCCGCUUGAGUAACAAGUACAGCUCUUCCUAAAGAUGAACUGCCCACAGGGCAGAGAGGAGAAGGCACUGUGACAACAUGGCAGGACAUCUCCAUUUCUCUUGCACAGCCAUUUCCUGGCUGGGCCUGAAUCGUUUUUGCCUUCCUGUUAUAACCCGCCUGGAAGGAGCUGCAGCAAUUCACUGACCCCAGGACUAGCUCUGAAUACAGCCUCUGAGCUGCACUUGUCCAUCCUCUGGUUUGAGUUGCCUCUGAGGGAAGGGGAAGAAGGGGAUUCAGAUCCUUGUAGGGUUUUUCAUUUCCUUGUAGGAAAACCAAGUGACUUACAGCCAUUUGUCCUAAGUGGAAACAUGGGGUGGGGAAGAGAUGUGUGUGAAAAGGGAAGAAAGGUUGAGAUGUGAUCACUUUGACAUGGAUGUGGGAUGGGAAGGAGAGCGUGAAGAACAUGAAUGACAAUUUCCAGCUGAGAAAGCGAAAGCAAAGCCAAAGCUACAUCUCUUACCCUCUCUCUCUUUGUUCCUGGGACAGUUUGUCCCUGGGCAGCCAGCCAGCAUAAGACCUAGGCACCACAUAGGUCUUAUUGAAACCAAUGGCCUGAAAUCUCCAGCCAUGAUAUGGAGGGAUGGGCAGCAACUCAGCUUCAUCGUGUGACCAACCUGCCCUGGGGAGCACUAACAGAGGGCUGGAGGCUAUUGUCCUCUCUACCUGGUCCUCGGAAAUCUAGCCCACGCUCUCUUCCUGAGGAUGAAGUUCACCCCACCUGUGUAAGGCACAACAAAAUGAUUAUGUGUGUGUGACAGCAACGCUUGGGAGACCGGAGAUCCUUGGUAAAGCUAAUGGCAGCAUCCAACCAAACCAUCUGCUCCAGCUUCCUCCUCCCCAAGGACAGGUUAGCCGCUUUCUAGCCAGGCAUUAAAGCUGGCCCAAAGUGCUGUCCCUCCAUGGAAGAGUUUCUAAGUCCAGUAAAGGGAAGGCAGAGAUUGCUUGAAUCUGGAUAAGGCGGGAACCAAGCAACCAGCCCUUACCUUUCAAGCCCCCUUUGUAACCAGAAGCAGUUAAUUCUUUGCCUGACACAGGAUGCAAGUGAGAGGGUCAAGUUGAGCCCUUCCAGAGAAGCAUCCGGCUUUGCUCUGCAGUCUCGAACAGCUGGAAAUCCCACAGCCUCCUUCAGUCAUUGGCUUCCAAGGGGAUUGCCUGCAAGGCCAUAGCUCUGACAGGAAAAAACAGGUGACCUGGGUUUUGGUGCCAGGAUUUCAUCUUCCCUCUGCUAGCAAGGCAGGGCUGCAGUGGGGGUGAACUUCAGUACGUUUUGGCCACAGCACCAUGUUACUGAGCUUCAGGCAAUUUGUAAAAAGGACAGAGAUGCACGUUCUCAGGGCCAAACUAGGCUGGAAAAGGUGUCGGGGAAGGUCUGAUCCCAGCUCAAAUUGCUGCUGGAGCUAACUGAAAUACGGCAGACCUUUCACAAAUUUACUCCUUAAAACAAUUAAUCCCCAAGUGCUUUUCCCAGCAUGACUUUCUAGGAACCAUUGUGCUUGCAUCUCUUGCUGAAAGGCCAAGAAAACCUGUAUGAGAAAGUUUUAGUAACCAAGAUUUUGAUGGCUUUUCUGCUGUUUUUUUCUUUUACCUCUUUUCUCCUUCCUUCCUCUUUCCCUUUUUCCUCUUGUCACUGAAAAAAGGGAAAAAGGAAAAAGGGAGAUGAGAAAAGACCUGCAAAUGAAGCAAAAUAUUUUCAAGUCGUGGGGUUUUUUUUAGCUUCACUUUCACCAAAAUGCAAAUGUUUUAUUAAAAAAAAUCAUAUUUUGGAAAGACAGACAGGUUUCAAUGAAAACAGAAGGACUGGAAAACAUGUAGACCAGAAUGUUUUCUACAGUCUUACAUACCUACUAGAAUAGAUUUGUUUGUAUCAAUUUAACAGUGCCAGAGCUGGCUGCAUUUCACAAAUGAAGUCAAUGGAGAAAAAUGAUAAAUCCUGAAAUGUUUCAGCAUAGAUGUCUUCUGAGCAGGAGGAAUUUUUAAAUGAUUGCGCUUUUAAAAAAAUGUGAAUUCUACAUAUUUCUAUAUUUGUCCACAUUCACAGACAAAUCGAGUCUGUGACUUGAAAACAAUCACUUCAGAGCACAGCAGUGGGUAAGCCAGUGUCAAAUUAAGCCCAAUGCCAGGCCUCACUCAGAUUCUGCUCCAUCCCAAACUGUGACAAAUUCAGCUUCAGAUAACCUAACUUCCUAGCAGUCUCCUGGUAGGAUGUGGCAGGCCUUCUCCUCCUAUUCAGGGCCAGCACUGCUUGGUUGCAAGCAGCUGCUACAGUGUGAUUUGCUCCAGACCAACAUCUCUGCCAUUGCUCCUCUGUUGGUACUAAGAUUCAUGCACUCACCUGAGCAGUGGGUCUAGACUGCUCAGGAGGUGUCGGGGCAGCUGCUCAGUGCUGGUGGCUGGAAGGGAGGGUGGUAAAAGACAGACGAGAUGCACUGACCUCUCCAUCUGCUGCCAUGUACAUCACCAGAGUCUUUCCAGUAGUUAGAAACCUCUUGACUUGUUGCUUCAAAGAAGGGUCUGUAUAUUGGGCCACACAAUGAGGAAGCCCUUGGAGGUGUCAGAUCUUCUCAGGUCAAUGGGUCCCAGCGACAGGCAGUAAUUAGGAUGCAAUCUAUCUAACAAGGCUGCUUUGAAAGUCUACCUUAUACUCACCUGAAAUGGCUGGUGGUUAGGUCACAGGUUGAGCCAAUAGCUUUCUCUUUCGGGGUCCUCGUUGCAUUGCAUAAAUCCGGAAUAUAGUCCUGGCUGUCGAGGACUCCACAGCAGGAGUCAUAUAGGAGAGGAUCAGUGUGCAAGUAGGGGACUUGCCGGUGGCUCAUUUGGGUCAGUGCUCUCAUAGUCUGGAUGACCUGGAGAAGACUGACAGGUCUAGUGACCAGAGGUUACUAUGGAUAAGAUCUGGAGAUGGAAACGGAGAGAAUUGUCAGGUUAAGCUGGCAAGUCUGGGUCACACUAGGUAACUCAGGACCAAUAGAUGCAACGAGCAGGGCCAGCUUCAGUCCCAAAUCAGCACUUGAGACAGCUGAGGAUGAGCAUGCACACACACAUGGAACGUGACUUCCUCCAUCCUGUCCAUCUCUGCUCUCCUGGCAUUUGAGCUGUUUCUCUGCUAGCCCAGGUGCCAGUUUUCAGGUCAUUUGUUCCAACCCAACCCUGCAAUGCCAGUCACAGUGCCACACUUAAUUAAAAAGAAAUAAUGCCAAAAAAGAGCUGGAGCUGGCAGAAGAAAGGAUCCCUUGGGCAGAGAGCCAGGAGAAGCAGUUUUCUUUUGAAACGAGAUCAUUCCAGAUCCAGGAAGGAUGUGGACACCAGCCCAUUGCGCCAAGACAUGAGGGAGGGAGAUACUCUUCUCUUGAGGUGAGAGAUACUUUGCACUGGGGACACAGGAACCUGAUAAAAUGAAACCUGUGCCUCCAACAGGCAGGAGAGAGCAUCAAGCUCUGCACAUCCUCCUGGUAGGGAAGCCAUGAGUGACAAACUAGUGAAAUGGCAAAGUGAGAAAGAAGCUUAUGAGUUUAAAGCAGCAAACUUGGCUCUGGUUGCUUCUGCCCUCUCUGUUGCAAAAUAAGACCAGGCCCAACUGGUAAGAGUCAACCUUUAUCACACCGAAACAAGAGCAAAGCAUGCAAGGGCCCUUUCCCAUCCAGAACAGCUUAAGUCAGGUCAGCCUGGCUUCCUCCAGCUCCAUCCAAACUAGCGAUAAGCAUGGUCAUGCAGUUUAGUGACUGACAGCAGCUGGGGAAAUGUUGUUCUGUCUCUUAUUUGCACAGCACAUGGAGACUAGCACAUUUAAAUGCACAGCUCCUGUUCAUUUCAGUGAAGACUGAAGCACCUUGAAAAUUUUCUAUAGUUAUCUUUGGUAAUGCCAUAAGGAGCAGCAUCCCAAACUUCCAAGAACGACCAUCCUCUCCUAAUGACAGAUAAAACAGACAGAACCUGCUAAUAUUUAUAAGACAAAUACGAAUUACAGUCACACAGGGGAAUCCUUUUACCUUAUACAACCUUCUAUGUCCCAAGUGGCUAACAUCUCUUUUUAUGCUCCAAGAGCAGAUUUAAUCAUUCCUGCAUUAGCAGCUACAAUCAGAUCAACAUUUCAGGCUUAAAUAGUUCAAAAAUGAGUUUUAGAUCUGCACAUUAUUAACAUUGCAACAAACAGACUGCCAUGAAUACAUCCCAGCUCUGGACAUUGAUAUCACUUGCUGCAGAUUUACUUCACAGUGACUUCAGUCUCUUUGGUAUAGGUUUUCCCUUGCAUUUUCCUCCCCAGUGUCUCCCUUCAAACUGAACACCACAAAGUUUGACCAAGGGUGAGAGAGGAGGGAGAGAAGAAGAUAGCUGAGAUACCAACUGAAAACGGUAUCCUUUUAAAGCUCCUAUAUUGUUUUGACAUCCAAAUGCCACUUUCCCAGAGUUAGGAGGUCUCCCUUAGACUGUAAACAAGACCAAGACCAACAAGCUGCAGCCCAAAGAGAAAGUAAUGAGCAUCAGCAGAGGAAGAAUGCAUAUGCAGUCUGGUUUUAGCUGCUCAUAGAAGUGCAAAUGCAAAUACAGCUCCCUGCUGCCAGCUCCUUCCGCCCUUCACAGAGGAGAGCUGUACAGUUCUGAGCAUAUUCAACCUUCCCUUGCUCCUCCAGUGCAGAGGGAGUCCAAGAACAGAGCAAGCCUUGCAGCCCAGCUCAGGGAACAUGUAGCUGGCACAUGGCACACAGCAUCCCCCGGGUGCUGGAGGAAGUGACCACUGCGUCAAUGGCCAACUGGGUUUCGAGACCUUUUAAAGAAGUUUGUUACUCUCCAUGAAGCCUCUGCUGAGCAGUCAUGGGAUUGAGUCUUGGUGCAAGAGUCAGGUUCUAGUUUAUUCCAUCCCUUCUCCCUCUUCCUCCACACCAGGAAAAUUGCUUUCUUGCAUUAUCAUACCUGAUCACGCAUGCAGAAGACAGUGCUGUGUCUGCAGGCCAGUGUUCAUGCCAGAGGAUGAAACGAUUGCCAGGCAUCAACCAGGCAAAGCCUCUCUUUCCCUUCUCCCACAUGUUCCUGCUUGGUUCCAAGCCCUACGCAAAAGUGUAUUUAUCCCAGGCAGGGGUUUCUGCAUCAAGAAACCAGGCCAGACAGGAUUAGCCAAAAGUGAAGCCACUGCAGCCACCCAAGGCAACAGACCACUAUAAAUAACGCAAAAGAUGAAUCUACUGCAGCAGAGAUGCAAAGGAGCCUUAUUAUGAAAUGUAGCCUUCAGCUGGUUUCUCAACCUUACGUCUGAUAACACAAACACACUGCCAGCCUGUCAGAGAGACCAACUCUGUCAAUUUGUAUUUGAAAGAAUCCUGACAUUUUAUGAUCUCUCUCUUAUUCCUCUGUAUGUUAAUAAAACACGUUGGUGUUUAAAAGGAAA